AACUGGUGCAAAUCUUUUAGUUGCUGCGUCCAACUCUGAAGAGCUUGUAGCUGGUUUAAAGAAUGUUGACUAUCGAGAUCUAUAAUUAAAGUCGUCUAUUGUAUCAGCUGCGAUUGUUGCAGAAAACAUAUUGAUUGGUGUUCAAUUUGGACCAGUCCCAGAAGUUCCCAAUGAAAAUGCUUUUUUCACAGGAGAAGCGGAUAGACAAUUUAGUACCGGAAAUUUCAAUCAAGUUCCAAUAUUAAUCGGGACGACAGACAAUGAAUUAGGAGCAUUCCAAAACCCUGAGAAUUAUGAUAUUACUUUGGCUGCAUUAAGCAAUCUUGAUGCAAGGCCUUGGAAUUUGGUCCCUGCAAGUAUAGCUCUUAGUUAUUUUCAAAGAGAUUUUGCCUGGCGUAAAAUUAAAGCUACAUUUUUUAAUCCAUGGUUACCUAUGUCGACACAAAUAGCAAAAGCAGUACAGUUUUUCAACGUCGAUCAAUUUGGUAGAGCCACAUAUCGUAUGGUAGGAAACGUAGGUAAAUUUGUACCUUGUUAUUAUUAUACAUUUAAUUAUCAGGGAACUUUGGCAGGAGUAACAAUGAGAUGUAGUCCUGGAGCCCAGCAUGGAGAAGAUUUGUCAUAUUUGUUUAUCACAAGUGAAAGAGUUCCCACUGUGUAUGAUUAUUUUAUAGUUCGACGUAUAACUACACUGUGGUGCAAUUUUAUUACAACAGGACGACCUACACCUGGUCCAAUUUCUGAUCUUUUGCCAGUCGAAUGGUCUCCUGUAUCCAUUAUUAAUCCUCCUGUAAUGCAAAUCGAUCUAAACAUGGGAUUCAUUUCACCGCCAUACAGCAACUUUUAUUCGUUUUAUGGAGCCGAAAUAUUUUCACUUGGGCCAUCUAGUACUACCUAUUGAAUCAACCAUUUUGUAAAAGUUGUAAGACAUUUUAAAAUUUGUACCAAAUUUUUAAUAAGAAAAUUAUUUAACGUU